ACACACACACACACACACACACACACACACACAAUAACGUGGGCCCAGCCCAACCCUCAGUAAUUAGAGACACACACAAGGACUCCACUCUGUUGUCACCCAGCCCCACCCUUCUCCGCAGCAGGAGAAACUUAGGCCCAGGCUCCAGGGCCCCUCCUCUCCCGCCACGCCCCCCCCCCACGUGCCCGCCCCACCUGCCCAGGCCAAGACUGGUGAGAAGCUGAGUGGGUGGCAGGGCAGCCAGCCCACCCCACGUGUCUCUGUGCCUCUGGGCAUCAGGAAGGCCAACCCCGGCCCCUGGCCUUGGCUGUGUGCUUCCAACCGCAUCUCCCUCAGCACCCAGGGCCAAAGCAGGCCCUGUUGACUUUCAGAAACUACUGAACACGUGAGGUGAAUGAAGGAGAGAUGGUUCUCCCACAGGACUUGGUGAGCAGAGAGAUGGCAGGGGCCCCCAUUAGGACCUUGCAGAUGUUCCUCAGGCUAAGGGCGUCUGCGCCCUAAUCUCCACCCCACCCGGAAGAGCCAGCUGGGGGCCAUCCUGUGAGGGAAGGACCUGCUUCCCUCAGGACCCCUGGACACUCGGCCACACCCCUCCACUGCCCUCUGGCAACAUGGCUUAAAGUCAUAGGUCAGGAGCAGGGGCAGGGUGUGGCCACCUCGGGCACUGGGAGGGACACAGAGCCUUUUAUAGCCGGGACAAAGUCCUGCCCUGAUCAAAGCCCAGGCAGCUUGUGCUACAGCUGACACCCUGGUGUCCCAGCCUGGGGGCCCUCGCCAUCGCACAGGCAUGCAGGGGGCCUGGGUGCUGCUGCUGCUAGGCCUGCAGCUACGGCUCUCCUUGGCUUCACCUCAGCCAGUGGAAGAGGAAGACCCAGCCUUCUGGAACCGCCAGGCAGCCCAGGCCCUGGAUGUUGCUAAGAAGCUGCAACCCAUCCAGACGGCUGCUAAGAAUCUCAUUCUCUUCCUGGGGGAUGGGAUGGGGGUGCCCACGGUGACAGCCACUCGGAUCCUAAAGGGGCAGAUGAGUGGCAAACUGGGACCUGAGACGCCGCUGGCCAUGGACCAAUUCCCGUACCUGGCUCUGUCCAAGACAUACAACGUGGACAGACAGGUGCCAGACAGCGCAGGCACGGCCACCGCCUACCUGUGCGGGGUCAAGGCCAAUAUGAAGACCAUUGGUGUAAGUGCAGCUGCCCGCUACAACAACUGCAGCACAGUACGUGGCAAUGAGGUCACGUCCGUGAUGAACCGGGCCAAGAAAGCAGGGAAGUCCGUGGGAGUGGUGACCACUACGAGGGUGCAGCAUGCCUCGCCAGCUGGCACCUAUGCACACACGGUGAACCGUAACUGGUACUCGGACGCGGACAUGCCUGCCCAGGCGAAGAAGGAGGGCUGCCAGGACAUCGCCACGCAGCUCAUCUACAACAUGGACAUUGACGUGAUCCUGGGUGGAGGCCGAAAGUACAUGUUUCCUGAGGGGACCCCAGACCCCGAAUACCCAGGUGAUGCCCGUCAGAACGGAAUCCGGAAGGACAAGCGGAACCUGGUGCAGGCGUGGCAGGCCAAGCACCAGGGUACCCAGUACGUGUGGAACCUCACGGCGCUCAUUCAGGCAUCUAAGGACCCCAGUGUAACACACCUCAUGGGCCUCUUUGAGCCAGCAGACAUGAAGUAUGAGGCCCAGCGAGACAAAACCAGGGACCCAUCCCUGCAGGAGAUGACAGAGGCAGCCCUGCGUGUGCUGCGCAGGAAUCCCCGUGGCUUCUACCUCUUUGUGGAGGGAGGCCGCAUUGACCACGGUCACCAUGAAGGCAUAGCUUACAGGGCGCUGACCGAGGCAGUCAUGUUCGAUGAUGCCAUUGCCAAGGCCAGCCAGCUCACUAGUGAAGCAGACACGCUGAUCCUUGUCACCGCCGACCACUCCCAUGUCUUCUCUUUUGGCGGCUACACACUGCGUGGAAGCUCCAUUUUCGGGCUGGGUUUUGGCAAGGCCGAUGACAGCAAGUCCUACACCUCCAUCCUCUAUGGCAAUGGCCCAGGGUACGCGCUUGACGGAGCCUCAAGGCCCGACGUCAACGACAGCGAAAGCACGGGCCCCGCGUACCGGCAGCAGGCGGCCGUGCCCCUGGAGAGCGAGACGCACGGCGGCGAGGACGUGGUGGUGUUCGCGCGCGGCCCGCAGGCGCACCUGGUGCACGGCGUGCAGGAGCAGAGCUUCGUGGCGCACGUCAUGGCCUUCGCCGCCUGCGUGGAGCCCUACACCGACUGCCGGCUGCAGCACCCCGCCGGCCCCGCCGACGCCGCGCACCGGGCCGCCUGCCCGCCCGCGCUGGCGCUGCUGGUCGGGGCGCUGCUGCUGCUGCUGACGUCCGGCCCGCCCUGACGCGCACCUGCCCCGGGCCUCGGGGGCUCCUGCUACAGCGCCAGGAGCCCCUAGCCCAGGCCCCACCCGAGCUGCCACCUCGGAGUCCCCACCACGGCGUCCCAUCCUGGCCACCACCCCCGCGUCCCCCACCCGGCCCUCCGCCAGACCUUCACCUCCCAGCGAUAAGGAGUCUCAGCUCCCCCGCCCUUCAUGGGCCCGGACCACCCUGGAGGCUGAGGCCCUGGUUUUCCUGUGACACCCAUAGUCCUCCUCCCUGCCCCCAACCUCGGUGGCCUAAGAUUCUGUGCCGUGCAGCCCGGGACCCCAGGAAAGGCGAGGGCUCGGACCACGCAGUCUCCCCUGGGCACCCGUAGCCCUGCCUGCGGACCAGGCAGGCACUCUCCCAGAGCUGUCCCUAGGCCCGCCUAGAACCCACGCCUCGCCUUUCCUGGAGACCUGAGGACUUAGGGGCCCCUGCGGAGGCGUGGCUUCCUGUCCUCCUGGAACCCACCCUGUAGGCACCUUGCUGGACAAGGAGGCCGCUGGGACCAGGACAGCCAGGGGGCCCUCGACACAAAGUCCUCAGCCGCCCCUCCUGGGAACCCAACGGUACCAUUAGAGAGGAGACGGCGACCCAGGAAGGAGGCUUGUCCCAUGUCACUCAGCUACCGUGAUGGUGUGCUUCCCCGCCC